AGACAGGCUGGCCUUCGCUUUCAGCCAGGUGGAGGCUGGUGUUGCCGGUGAGGGGGUGAUGAUUGGUUUCUGUCACAGCCAAUAAGCCCAAAGAAGUGGUGUGGGCCCGGCUGCUGUUGUCAUGGCAACUGCACAGCGCAUGCCAGCCACCCCUCCUCCCCCGUUUUUCGGAGGAGUUUAGUGACCUUCGACUUCUGCCUGGAAAGAGGCCUCUUCACGACAAUAAACAAGUACUGAGCGACCAAUCAGGCAUUCGCUUGCAAGCUGAAGGCCUCAUCCAAUCAGCUCAGGCUGUGAUCGAAUUCUUUGUCUGCUAGAAGCCCUUCUCCACUAGCAGCUCCUGUGUCUCGGGGUGGAGGGGAGCCCCCCAUUUGGGCCAGCCAUGGAUCCGGCGUUCCCCAAUCCAUCCCAGGACCCAAGCCAAGAGGACGGCAUGGCCUCGGAUGACUUUGAUAUUGUGAUAGAGGCCAUGCUGGAGGCCCCAUACAAGAAAGAGGAGGCCCAGCCAGGACCCUCAAAGCCACCAGCCGAUCCCCCCACAGCACAGCCACCACAGGAGGAGCAAGGAAAAGAUGUAAAGAAAGAAAACGCCCCCAGCAGCAGCGGGGAAAGCAGCAGCAAAAAGAAGAAGAGCAGGAGUCGUAGCAGGAGCCGUGACCACAGACACAGCCGCAGUCGGGACCGAGAGCGCCAUCGCAGGCGCAGCCGUAGCCGGGAUCGCCGUCACCGGAGCAGAAGCCGCCAUCGGAGCCGCAGCCGGGAUCGUCGGCGGGGCAGCAGAUCUCGCAGCAGAGAGCGGCGGCGAGACGAGAGAGUGCGCUACCGUAGCCCACCACCCCCUGGGCGUCGGUUUGGACACAGCAAGAGUCCCUUGUACAGAGAGAAAAGCCCCCUCCGGGAGCCCUUGGGCAGCUUGAGCCCAGAGGAGCGCGAUGCCCGCACCGUCUUCUGCAUGCAGCUGGCUGCUCGCAUUCGUCCACGUGACCUUGAAGACUUUUUCUCUGCGGUUGGCAAGGUGCGUGAUGUGCGGAUCAUCUCUGACCGAAACUCUCGCCGCUCCAAGGGCAUCGCCUAUGUGGAGUUCUGUGAGAUCCAGUCAGUACCGUUGGCUAUUGGGCUGACAGGGCAGCGCCUCCUAGGUGUACCCAUCAUUGUCCAAGCCUCCCAGGCGGAGAAGAACCGGCUGGCGGCCAUGGCUAACAACCUCCAGAAAGGCAGUGGGGGGCCCAUGCGGCUCUAUGUUGGCUCCCUUCACUGUAACAUCACCAAAGAGAUGCUGCGUGGGAUCUUUGAGCCCUUUGGCAAGAUUGACAGCAUUGUACUGAUGCGUGACCAGGAUACUGGACAGUCCAAGGGUUAUGGCUUCAUCACGUUUGCAGAGGCAGAGUGUGCCCGGCGUGCCCUGGAGCAGCUGAAUGGUUUUGAGCUGGCUGGCCGACCCAUGCGGGUAGGGCAAGUGACUGAACGGCUGGAUGGCACUACCGAUAUCACCUUCCCUGAUGGUGGUGACAAGCCUGACCGGGCAGCCCUUAAUCUCAGCACCACUGGUUCCCAGCUGCAGCUCAUGGCCAAACUGGCAGAAGGUUCUGGGAUCCCAUUGUCGACUACAGCAGCGGCUCAGGCGGCCCUGCAGCUCAAUGGAGCGAUACCCCUGGGAGCACUAAACCCGGCUGCCCUGACAGCUCUCAGCCCGGCACUGAACUUGGCUUCACAGACGUUGGCCUCCCAGUGCUUCCAGCUUUCGGGCCUCUUCACUCCCCAGACAAUGUAACACAGCCUGGUUUCCCCCCUGCCCUCCCUCACCCAUGGAGCCAGGAGGGGAAUGAUCAUCUCCUCACCAUCACCACCUCACCACCCUCAUUGGAUGCACGGCAGAGAGGGAUGGACUCUGAAGGAACACCCCACCUUCCCUUGGGGCACCUUCUCAGUUGAAUGCGAACUGAUUUUAUUCUCAUUUCCUUCCCACCAGGAGUUUGGCGGGGAGGGGGGUGUUGGUGUUCUUUCCCUUGGUUCUGGAAUCAUAAUUGGAUGGGGUACAUUAUUCCCCACGUGGAACCCUCAGGGGGACCAGGGACCCAUUUCCCCCACAAACGUGGGAUUGCAGCAUCUCUCUUUAUUUUUGCCUUCCGGCAGGGCCCAGAUAGGACUGCAAUGUCGGGGGUGUCACAUUUGCCAUUCCUCUUUUCCCACCCCUCCAAUGGCGUGUUGUGGGUAUUUCCUGGGUGGCUUCCGGAAGUGGCUUACCGCAGAUGGGUGUGUGUUGUACAUAGAAGAGAGGGAGGUAAUGGGGGAGAGUCAAGAACCAGCAUUUGGGUGGGAGGCCUGGCCCUGAAGGGAUACCCCCCUUCCCAAGCAGUGUUUCGUUAUCCCCUCUCAAUCUCUCUGAGGUUGCAUAUAGUGUGGGGAUGUCGUCCCGUUCCUCCCUUUCCCCCAACCCUCCUUUUUCUUGAGUCUGUAUCCUCUUAUUGGUGUUCCCAUUUUCUGCUCCACCUUCCCUUAAGAGUCCUUUGGAUCACCACUUUUUCCCCAUUCCUAAACUUCAGAGGUGUAUUUUGGUUUUCUUUUGAUCUGUCUCUUAAUUUUGUUUUCUUUUUUCCCUCUCUUUUGCUUAUAAAUGAAUAAUAAAAGUCACGAAAUGUA